ACCUCCCAUGUCUGAUAUGAUUAAUAAUCAGUGAGAGUGAACAAACGCAUCACUGCACUCCACGUGUUCCACGUUCACUCUGAGCACAGUGGUGGGAGAAAUCAUAUUAUUAGUCUGGUCCUUGUGUGUGUGUGUGUGUGUGUGUGUGUGUGUGUGAGGCAGUAAUUAGCUGGCAGUGAUGAGAGACGGUGGUGUGAGUGUGGAGGAGUGAGACACGCUGCAGCUGACCGUCACUGAUGAAAUAUGUAUGAGACGCCACAAUCUGCUGGACUGUCAAUAUUUCCACACCAGACUGAGACGCACUUCAGAGUCUUUUGUCCACUGAUGGGAUGUUCACUUGUUCACUUGUUCACUUGUUCACUUCCAGCAAUGACAACCUUUCUCUCAAUAUUUAAACCAGACGAGUGCAGAGUUUUGGAUGCAGCUUGAGAUGUGAGAAAAACUGAUUCAUAAAACCAACAUCAGAUGAAGUCUACGACAUCUUUAAGAACACGUUCACGUCUUUAUCUCACUGUGAGACAGACGUUUGUAAACCACUCACUCUCCCACACCAAAGCCCACAGAGAAAAUCACUGAUUUUAGCUGCGGGGACACAGGAGCUGCUGGUCCUCUGCUGCCUCGUGUGGACACUUUGUGUCACUGAGGUUAAUGAAAAUGAAGGUUUCCAAAUGCCGAAUUCAAAAAAAUAAGACACUGUAACUGAGUGAAGGAGGCGGCAGUGGAUCAACAACUCCUGUGUGUGUGUGUGUGACACGUUAAAAUCACAAAAUUUUUGACAUUUUCCUUUCAGUUUUCGUUUUUAUGUCGUUUCUCUCGACAUUUAUCCAACAGUCCAUUACUUCCUUUUACACUUAAGUCUCAAAGGUCCUUCAGUGAACUUUGUCACAGCAGAUAGACACACACACACACACACACACACACUCUUGUUUCUUGAACGACACAGAGGACAAACAAACGGCAGAUUCUCACUGGACUUGGAGUUCUUCUACGAUGCAGGAAUGGGAGUCCCCAGAUUACGAGCCAGCACUUCCUGUUUCAGAGAAGUCCAAUCCUCUGACACGACACAUUGACAGAGCUCCAGCUCGCAGCAUUGUCAGGAUGUUACAGGCCUGUGAUGCUCAGAUGUUUCAGGAAGAGACAGGAGGAGCCUAUCAGAGGCUUUUGAGUGAACAAGUGGUGAAAACUGUGAUGGAGGUCGCAAAGAGAGUGGAGGUCAUUCUCAGGGAUCCUCAGGACAGUCUCGUCGUCCUCAGUGGAUGUGGAACUUCAGGUCGGCUCGCUUUUCUGGCAGCGUCAGGUUUCAACAGAGAGCUGAAGAAGCUGAAGCACACGUUGAUCUACACGUACAUCAUUGCAGGAGGAGACAGAGCUCUGUUUUCCUCUGAAGAAGCUCCUGAAGACGAGGCCACACUGGGCGCGCUCAGUCUGAACAAGCUCUGUGAGGGAAAGAAGCGCGUCCUGUUCAUCGGCAUCUCCUGUGGAUUAUCUGCUCCGUUUGUGGCCGGACAGCUGCAUCUGUGUCUGCAGCACACACACGUUUACACUCCGGUACUCGUGGGAUUCAACCCCACACAUCACGCCAAGAGUGAGUCCAUACCUGGCUGCACGUUCACGUUCCACAGCGUCGUUCAGAGGAUGCAGGAGCUCGUUCAGACCCACGAGGCCUUUGUGAUCAACCCAGCAGUCGCACCUGAAGCCGUCAGCGGCUCCUCCAGGAUGAAGGGCGGCAGCGCCACAAAGAUCCUCCUGGACGUGGUCUUGUCCGCCGCUCACGCCGCUGCCUUCACGGACUCGUCCAUCACACACGAUGAAAUUGUGCAGCACAUAAACGCGUAUAAGAAAGCUGUGGAGGUCACGUACGCUCACAGUGAUGGGAUCACUGCUCUGGUGGAGGCAGCAGGUCAAAGUUUGCAGUGUGGCAGGUGUGUGUGUUACCUGGGCUGGGGCUCUGUGGCCGUGCUGGGCCUCAUCGACGCCAGUGAGUGUCAGCCCACAUUUGGAGCAGACCACAAGGACGUCCGCGGCUUCAUCAAUGGAGGAUACAGUCAGCUGGACAACAGCGAAGGUCACAUGACCUCACUGGGUCGUAAGUUUAACAUCACACAUGAGGAUUUUCUACGUGAUGUUCUGCCUCAUCUGAACGACCUGGACACUGUUCUUCUGCUCUACAGUCACUGUGGUCAGACACUGAUGUUAUCCAUAUGA